GUACUCUUCCCUUCCCAUGCAGAUACUUGCACUCUUUAUCAUUCCCAUGGGAGGAAAUUCUCCUGGGAUGUGGAGGUUUGGCUUUAUAUUAUUCCUGAGGUUGCCUGGCAAGGACGUGGAGAUAAAUUAUUCCAGUGUACGGUAUAACCCCCAAGAUAGGAUACACACUUAAGAGACAGAAGAUCAAAGUUCACAACUCUGAAAAUGUAUCAGGAUGUGAGCCAUAAUCUUUGAAAGCUGAGGCAAGUCUUUAUGGAAGCAGUGACCUAAUUCUGCAAAACAGAACAUGACUGAAUCCCCAUCAGCUGGUCUCCUUUCCUCUGCCUGGAGUUAAGCAUGGAAAAUAUAAGAAAGUGUAAAGUGUUACCUUUUCCGUGGUGUUUUCUGUGGGUUAUUUUAGGUCAUAGAAUAAUAAUAAUCACGGGUUUUGAUGGGACUUUCAAAGACUAUGUAGUUCCAGCCCUCCUGCCGUGGCACAUCUUCUGCUAGACAAAGUUGUUGAAGUUCCAUCCAACUGCCUUGAACACUUCCAGGCAUGGGGCAUCCACAGCUUCUCUGCAUAUCCUGUUCCAGUGCCUCACCACCCUCAUCAUAAAAUGCGUCUUCCUUAUAUCCAGUCUAAACCUGUGCCCCUGCCUAACCACAGGGCUUUCGCCCAGGCUCCCAGCUGGGAGCUGGGGAACCCAGUGGUUCAUCCUAUGCUUACAUGAGGCAGUUAUUACCUGCUGUAGAUAUCUUCCCCUCCCUUUCCUCCCCUGUACCCAUACAUUUGCAGGAUCGAGGCUUGUCCUCCUGAUUUCCAGUGGCCAGGCAGCCCAGGGAAGCUGAGCUCCCGUGGCUGGGCAGAGGCACGGAGCAGGGCAUGGAGAGGAGGGGUCAUUUUAAAGAGCACCCGAGCACAGGCUCCGGUCUCUCUUGCUCACUGUGACAGCGAAGUGCCUCACUGAAAACCAGUGAGCUGGGACUUAAGCGGCCUCUGAUCUUUCUCACUCUUUCCCCCCGACAAUUCCUCUCUUUUUGUGUUUGCAUUUUCCAAGGAAGAGGCGUUUUCACGGACAGCUGUGGGACAGAAUCUUUCUGAGGAGGCAAGUGCUUGGCUGUAAUAUUUCAUUGCAGUCAUGGCUCCUAAGAAGAAGAAUGUGAAAAAGAACAAAUCGGAUAUCAACGAAACAACUAUCAUUGUGGAAGAUAGCCCCCUCAGUAAACUAAAUGGCUUGAAUGGACUCUUGGAAGGAGGAAAUGGUUUCAGCUGCAUUUCAUCUGAGGUUUCGGACCCAUCAUACUGUCCAAACCUCUUGGAAGGUCUAAGCAAAAUGAGACAAGAAAAUUUCCUUUGUGACUUGACUAUCAGUACCAAAACCAAAUCAUUCAAUGUUCAUAAGGUAGUGAUGGCUUCAAGCAGUGAAUAUUUUCACAACAUCUUAAAGAAAGAUCCGUCCACUCAAAGAGUGGACCUCAAUGAUGUGUCCCCAGUGGGUCUAGCUACUGUUAUCACCUAUGCUUACACUGGAAAACUUACUCUCUCACUUUAUACAAUAGGUAGUAUUAUUUCCACAGCAAUUUAUCUACAGAUUCACACCCUUACAAAGAUGUGCUGUGAUUUUCUAGCCCAAGAAAUCAGUGUUGAGAACUGUAUGUACAUUGCCAAUAUUGCAGAAACAUACGGACUAAAAGCAACCAAAGAAGCAGCACACAAAUUUAUUAAAGACAACUUCAUUGAAUUUUCAGAAACUGAUCAGUUCCUAAAACUUACUUUUGAUCAGAUUAAUGAACUUCUUGCAGAUGAUGACUUACAGUUGCCUUCUGAAAUUGUUGCAUUCCAGAUUGCAAUAAAAUGGCUAGAAUUUGACCAAAAAAGAGUAAAGUUUGCUGCCAAUCUCUUAAGUAACAUCCGUUUUGGUACCAUCUCAGCCCAAGACCUUGUCAAUUAUGUUCAAACUGUGCCAAGAAUGAUGCAAGAUGCAGACUGCCAUAAGCUCCUAGUGGAUGCCAUGAACUAUCACUUGCUUCCCUAUCACCAGAAUACACUUCAGUCUAGAAGAACAAGGAUCCGUGGAGGUUUCAGAGUCUUAGUUACUGUUGGGGGACGCCCUGCUUUAACAGAAAAGUCUCUUAGUAGAGACAUCUUAUACAGAGACCCUGAAAACGGAUGGAAGAAGCUAAGUGAAAUGCCUGCUAAGAGUUUUAAUCAGUGUGUCACAGUGAUGGAUGGAUUUCUCUAUGUGGCUGGUGGGGAAGACCAGAAUGAUGCCAGGAACCAAGCCAAGCAUGCAGUCAGCAAUUUCUGCAGGUAUGACCCUCGUUUCAACAGCUGGAUUCACUUGGCGAACAUGAAUCAGCGGCGCACCCAUUUCAGCCUGAACGUGUUCAAUGGCCUCCUCUUCGCUGUGGGUGGCCGCAACUCCGAGGGCUGCCUCUCCUCUGUCGAGUGCUACGUGCCUGCAACUAACCAGUGGCAGAUGAAGGCCCCGCUGGAGGUGCCCCGGUGCUGCCACGCCAGUGCAGUGGUGGAUGGCCAGAUCCUGGUCACAGGAGGUUACAUCAAUAAUGCUUAUUCUCGCUCAGUGUGCAUGUACGACCCCAGCAAAGACAGCUGGCAGGAUAAGGCCAGCCUCAGCACCCCAAGGGGCUGGCACUGCGCAGUGUCCCUGCUGGAGAGGGUCUACGUCAUGGGUGGGUCUCAGCUGGGGGGGCGAGCGGAAAGGGUCGAUGUUCUCCCUGUGGAGCGUUACAGCCCAUACACAGGGCAGUGGAAUUACGUGGCGCCACUUCAAACCGGAGUUAGCACAGCAGGCGCCUCCACCCUUAAUGGGAAAAUUUACUUAGUGGGUGGCUGGAAUGAAAUAGAGAAAAAGUACAAGAAAUGCAUUCAGUGCUAUAACCCAGAUCUCAAUGAAUGGACAGAGGAAGAUGAACUGCCUGAGGCCACUGUGGGUGUAUCUUGUUGUACUAUAUCCAUGCCCAACACCAAGACGAGGGAAUCCAGGGCCAGCUCAGUCUCUUCUGUCCCAGUCAGUAUCUAAAGAUAGGUCUAACCAGCAAUAAGUAAAAAUGUUUACCAGCACAGCAAUAUAAUUAACCCUUUAAGUAGAAUUUUUGGGCUUAUAUGUGGAAAAAAAAAAUUAUUGGCUUUGCAAAUGUGCUUUUUAACAGUGCAAACUGGCCAGUUUUCAUGAACUUUAGUACAGGUGGCAUGAAACAGCACGUUCGUGCUUUUUAACAGUGCAAACUGGCCAGUUUUCAUGAACUUUAGUAGAAGUGGCAUGAAACAGCACGUUAGGGAUAAGAUCAAUUUCCAUAGCAGGAAAAGAGAGAGUUAACCCAUAACCACAGAAUUUAAUUCUCCUCCUUAUUUUGCCACUGACUUACUAUACUAUCUGUGGCAAAUAAUUUCAUGUUUGUGCCUUGGUUUCCUUACCCGUAAAAUCGAGAUAAACUUGCUGCAGAAGAUUGUUAUGAGGCUUUUUAAUACAAAGUUUUAAAUGUUUUCAGAACCCAAAAUAAAAGUCAAAUAUGAUUAGUAAUAAAUCUCAAUAUAGAUCAGAAAUGUGCCAUAUCAUAAAAUUGAUCAGUUUUGUUCUUUUCUAAGCAUUUUCUAUUUUCAGAAACAGAAGGGGGAAAAAGGCAAACCAAAAAUACCACAUAUAGCAUGUGCAUACUUUCUUUUUGGGACAGUGGUAUUCACAAAAACUUCUUAAAGCAUUUUCUCCUUCAGAAGGUAGAAAGAGUCCCUCAUCUUCUGCCAUGAAACCCUUUAAUUCCUAUACCAAAUGCUGUGACAUGGCUUUCAAGAUCUGAAUCCAUGAAAUACUUUAUCUCCCAUAAUCACUAUGGGCCAGACCCAAGGGGCUACUUUGGGUGCCAGAUGUCUCUCCUGACCUCUGUGUACACCAAGGAACACCACCUCACCCUUGUCCUCAUGCUGGGGAGACACCCCUCUCAUUCCAGGUUGAAAAACCUAGGAGCUGAGUUCAUGCCAGGAGAGACCAAGGGCUAAUGGCAUCUGAACAUGGGGAAGAUGCACAGAGCAAACUCCCUUACAUUACUCCAGCAAAUAACCAGUGGAGUAAGGAACAAAGAUGGAAUAAAGACUUCAGGAUCUGCCCCUUGGAAUUUAUGUGGAAAACAGAGAAUCACAGGAAAACUCCCUUAGUAAAAACAAAGAGAUACCAUAACACCUUUCUUGCCAGUUGUAGGCACAACAACACCCAAAGUAAUUUUCUCCUGGGCGUACUAUUGUGUAUCUCCUUCUGAAGCCUUCAUUAUAGCCCUUUUCAUGGAGAUUUCAUUCAUAUUAUUCCAAAGGCUAGACUAACGCUCUUUGUGUUGAAGUUUUCCCAGUGAAUAGAGUGGAGUCUUCACUCAACUUAGUUUACGUUCCAAGAACUUUUCUUCCUGAUUUCAGCAUGAAGUAGGGGAAUUAGCAUGAAACCUAAUCCUAUUCUCAUAGCCAAAGGGAUAUGCAGCCUAUCAUGUCCUGGGAGGAUUUGACACCAAAGGACUUCUGUCAGCACAGAAUGUCUACAACAGCACAAAAUGUCUACAUCCUUCUUUUAGGGAGGAAAGAGGGAACACAAGGAAUUAAAAUGAUUUAAUAUAACCAGAAGGGCACUCACUUUAACCAGUUCAUGGAGGCUUCACAUUCAGUUUCCUCAGAUUAUCAUUAACACCUCCAGGCUUCAGUGCCAAUGAGAAGCCACACUCUUAGCAACACCUAUGAGGCAGAAAAAUUUUUAUCUCAUUUGCAAAAAGGGAACACUAUAAAAUUGUCUGUCAGUGCAGAUGUUGUUGAGACAAGCAUUUUCAGGACCCAAGCUCUUUGUAACUUUGUUAAAGCUGCAAAUUGAGGAUCAGCAUAAGCAUGACAUGGUAUUAGAAAUGAAGUAAUUCACUCUGUCAGUUGGGAUUAAACUCCAUGGUACUCAGUCCUGUUUUCCAGUUCUAACUUAGAGUUCAAGUUUGCAUCCUGACUAUAAAAUUUCGAAUUUAAAAUUGUAUUUUUGAGUGCUGUAUGUUAUUAAAUCUACUGCCACCAAUGACUUGUGGUCAGAGAAGCACUGUCAUAUAAUUUUGAUUCAUUCAGUUGGCAUAUAGGUGUCCUCUACUCUAUGUAAUUCAAAGAAUAACAAAUGUGGAACAGAGUAACAUUAAGUAUGAAUAUUCUAUUCUUUCCCAUUCCAGUCACCAAAUCUUUUUCCUGAAGGAGAGAAAAAUUUCUCUUUUCCCAAGUCAUGACCACAUGUUCCAUAUGAAUGCAUAUAGGAAGCUCUUUAGAAAUAACCAUCCGUUCCAAUAUUUUUUUUGUAAAAUUUUUUUCUCCAUCCAGUCCAAUGAAGACACCUGUACACAUUCAAUUGUAACUGUAUUCAUGGUGUAGUUAUUUAGUUUUUAUAUCCAUAAGGUUGCAUUUAUGAAUUGAAAAAAACUACUGUUAUGGCCUCAAACAGACAUUGGAUGCAAUUGUCAUAUGCAAGUGUCUCUUUCUCCCUUUAGGAAUUCAGUUCCAAAAUGCCAUGAAUAGUCAGACACUGCUGCAUGCUUUCCUGUUUAUGAGCUAGCACUUCAUGUACAUCAACAACCAUCUUGUUUUUGAGUAGUAAAUUAUUUAUGAAUGAUGGGCUAAGUGCAAUGAAACUUCUCUCUUACUACUUAAAGGGUUAAAAACUUUGGGGGCCAAAUCCUUUUCAUCUUACUCGCGAAAAAGGGUUCCAUUGACUUCAGUGGGACUACUGAAUAAGAUGUACAGGAUUUCGAACUCUUGGCCAAAUUCUGGCAGAACAGUAGGUAAAACUGUCAUACCUAGAAGGAAGACUGCUCUGUUGCCUCCAGUGCCUUUGGCCACAACAGGCUGACAUGUCCUAGGACAGGAGGCAAAUACCACUGGCCAUGUGUUCCUUCUGUAGCACAAGUUAGGUACAUACUUCAGGCCAAAAAUCUUAGGUAGAUUAACAACUGGUAUUGUUACCAAUACAACACUACAGGUUGGCUUUACAUUAUUUUCUCUAAACAUCUUUUUAGGCUUCAACUGCACAUUGAGCCAGGAUUUGGCCCUUAAUAUGUGACACUAUUAGCUGGACUUAAUAUUAUGUUGAAUCAUACUCUGUACUGAGCUAUUUGUGACAUUUUUAUGUAUGACCUUCUUUUGUUAGAACUGUGAAAAUUAUUUGUAUGUUCUGUUUUAUGGGAUGGUGUUCUUUCAUUGUCUGGUACCAUAUAUUCAAUCUCUAGAUAUUUAAUAAUGACAUCUCAGUUGAACUUGAAAUACUGUAUAUACCAAAAAGAAGUUUUAAAGUACAAGGAAGUACUGUAUACAGUAACAUUAAGUAGAGCAGAAAACUUCCAGCUGUGUGAGAUGCAGACUGUUAAAGCACUACAGGGAUCUUUUUUAAUGCUAUACUAGUAGUAGGAAAAAAACCCAAAAAAACAACAAAACAAAUUAACAUAAGCUGUUGCCUUCUAAAUUCUGUAUAAAACACAGACGCAUUUUAUAGUUGACACAUGUGCUUCAAAUUCAGAUCUGAAAAAUAAGCUUUCAUCAGUCUGUGAGAGAAGCAGUUUGCUAGGGUUUGUUUUCUUGUUUAUUCCUGACUGUUUAGGUGCAUGGGAGAGUGUGUUAGAGAUUGUGAGGGAGGGACUUACUGCUGGAAAAUUGUGCUGAAAGGAAAGUGUUGUGUUUAGUUCUUAAUCAAGACAAUAUAAUGAUCAUUCAAUUUCUUCUUGAAGUUAACCUGCAAGAUCAUCUGUGGGUCAGUCAAGAGUCCAGUAAACUUGAAUCCUUCAAUGAGGAAAGCAGGCAAAAUUAACAUCAACCAAGCACAAUGAGGUAUUGAAAAGUGCUUUGUGUUGAGAUUUUUAAAUGACAAUUCUUGCAGAAAAAAGGAUGCAAUGAAUGAAAUGACAGAGUAAGAACAUUAUAUUAUCCUGAAACCUAGAUAAGUUUCUCUGACAGUUCUAACUCUUUACCAAAUCAUACUGGGUUUAGGAGCAGUUUUUCCUUAGCAGCAGCUGGGCUUGGUAAUUCUAGUUGCAAACCCAGCAGUCACACAAAGAGCUGUAUGAGCACACAUGCCUUCUUGCAUUCAGUGGGACUUCUGCUACAGAAGAUAUUCUCAGGGAUUUAUACUUGGAAAAAUAAAAGAACGAAAUCCAUGAGUAGACAAACAUCAAUGUCUAAUUAAAGGCAACGUGAGGGUGUUAGACUGAUUCUCAGCAUCACCAUUCACUUACCAUACCAGCACAUGGCAUUUUUUGAGACUCAGUUACCCUGUAAGGAUAAUAUUUCCUUGGAAUGGCUGCUCCAUCAUACACUCCAAGGUUUUUUCUGCAACACAGAGGAUGGGAGGUGCUCUAGUCCAUGGAAAGGCCAAAAUGGAACCACUUAAAACCAUCAGCAAACUAAGAUUUUGUUCCAGUCCUCAAGGAUGUUUGAGAAAAAUAUGCUGGAAAAAAGCACAUACUUCAACACAUACCUUUCCAUAAGUAACGUUACUUAUGUUUUAUAACUGAGAUUUUCAUCAUCUUUCUGAUGAACAGCAAAGACCAAUUUUCAAUUGUCUGUAACUUCAAUUCUCAGCUGAACUGAAUUUUCAGUCCAUUUUAGUCCAUUUUCAGUCCAUCCAAGAUCUCCUGGGAGAUCUUUUUCAAAGUCUGAAUUCACCUGCACAGAGAAUGCAAUUGGAACCAGUAGUCCUACUAUAGGUUCUUGACCUUUUUAAAAUGAACCUUCUCAUCUUUUUUGUCAAAGAUUUGCUUUGUAUAAGUACUCAAAAACAUUGUAAUGCACAGAUUUAUACUUUGACUUUUCCUUAAAAGAUUUCUUGUCUCUUUUAGUUUCUCUUUUCUUAUCCAUAACUGAGUGACUAUCAGAGCAUCAAAGAUGCACAGAUGUGCAUCUGUAAAUGCUCAGCUGUGAAUCUAAAAAUCUCAUUGCUGGUAUCCCCAAUAAAGAAAAGAACACAAUCUGAAAUGCCUGGAUAAAUUAAUAAAAAAAGGGUGAAACAUCACAGAAUCACAGAAUAUUCUGAGUUGGAAGGGACCCAUAAGAUCACAGAGUCCAACUUUUAAGUGAAUGGCCUACGUGGGUAUCAAACCCACAACCUUGUUAGGAAACAAGUUGCUGGUGCUCAUUUGCAAGUGUGACCCUGCACAGAGCUCUGUUCCCAGAAGUUCCCUAAAGAAUAAAGGAAAAUAUGUGCAAUUCUAUACAGCUGGUGUGAGAGAUUUGGUUAACACCAGAUAAGUUUUCCCAUGCAAAAGACAUGUCUCAAUGAAAAUUUUCAAUAACAAUAUAGGCAAUUAAUAAACUUAUGAGGAAUAGGCAAUUUCUGUUGGUAAGAAUGGGAACACAGACAUUUGGGUACACUGUGAAAGGAAGAUGAUGUUACUCUAGUUGCAGUCUUAGCAGUUCCUUUAUUGGCAAGAAAAGUUAAAAAUAUAACUUUUUUGUAUAAAGCAUUUUUCUGGCUUAUAAGUGUUAGAUUGCUUAAACAGAAGGGUUUUCUAAGUGUACACUUUCAAGAUGGACUGUGAUAACAAAAGGGAACAUAUUACAACAGAAAAAAUCUGUAAGUGUAAUGUGAGAAUAUUACUACUUAAAAACUAAAAUUUGUAGUACAGCAAGUUGUCAUUAAGAGGAAAACAGCAUGUUGUUAUUUUUCAUUGUGUGCUUUAAAUAAAACUGUUGACACAUGGUGCAAACAAA